UUUGUAUUUUAAAUAAAAUGAUAAAGAUAUUAAAAGAUAUAAUAAUGAACUUAUGUAAAAUAUGAUAUUUUUUAGGAAUGGUCCAAAAUAAAAAAAUCACACAUGAAAAGAAGUCAUGACUUCUGUUUUAAUAUAUAAGAUAUAUAUAAAUAAACAAUCCCGCGCUUUAAAAGCGCGGGUCAAAAUCUAAUCUAGUAUUUAUUUAAAUUUGAACAUAUCAGAAAAGUAAAGCUGUUUCGAAUACGUCAUACAAUGAAUAAAAUACGUAACACAAUUUUCAAUAUUUUUUUAAGCAAUCUUGCACAAAAAGAACACUUUAUUUUGGUGUCCAUAUAAGAUAUAUAUAUAUGUCCGUUCUGUUUUAAAAAUUAACACAUCUCCUAAAAUAAAGCAAUACAUAACAAUUUUCUCAAACAACUAUUUUUAAGUUUUUGUCACAAAAAUAGUUUUAUAGAAGUAAAUUUAAUAAAAGAGUCUAUUUUAUUUUAAAAAUUUUAAUUUUUCAAAAUUUUAAACAAUAUCCUCAAAAACCCCGCACUUUAACUAAAAACUCUAAAUCUAAAUUAGUUAAUCCUAAAGUAUAAAUAUAUUUUUAUUUUUAAUAAAAUAAUUUUGAUUAUUUAAAAAAAUAUUAUUUUAGCGAAAAUAAACAAAAAAAAGUUAUCGUAUGAAAUUUAUCUUUUCCGAACCUACCAUGGAAUAAAGAAACAUUACAAUGUUCUGCAAUCAAUCGUAUUAGUGCACAAAAAAAAAUAGUAUUAACUUAUUGAGGCAGAAGAAGAAGAAUGAAAAAAAAAAAGAAAAAACAUUUUCUAUCUUACAUAGUAAAAAACAAAUAUGGGGAAAUUCCCAGCUUUGAUGAUCAUCCUCGCUUCUUAUCUUCUUUUUCAUCAGACACUCGAAGCUGUUAACGGCGCCCGGUGUUUUGGAAGCUUAGACAGCAACAGCAGCUACGCACAGAAUCGCCGUGAUCUUUUCUCUACUCUUGCUAAUGAUGUCGUCACUAACGGCGGAUUCUACAACGCUUCACUCGGCCAAUAUCCCAACACAGUUUACGCUCUUGGCUUCUGCGAAAAAUACUACGAGCAAAAAGCUUGUCUCCGUUGUCUCGAAAGCUUGGCUCUGGAUACAGAAACGAGUUGUGGAAACAUCACGAAAUCCUUCGUUUGGAGCAGUGACGAUGAAGACCGUUUUUGGUGUCUUAUACGUUCCUCAAACCAACCUUUUGGGAACUUGGAGCUUAUACCUCCUUUAAUAGAGGCAGACCCAGAUCAUAUUGAGCCAUCUAAAGACAUGACACUUUUCAUGCAACAGUGGGAAUCAGCGGUUAAUAAGACCCUCGAGACUGCCACACAAGCUAAUACUUCUUCGGUACAUAAGUACUAUAGUGCCAUACACGCCCAUUUCACAGAGUUCCCGAAUGUUAACAUGGCGAUGCAAUGCACACCCGACAUAACUUCCCAAGAUUGCAAGCAAUGUUUGGGGGAUUGUGUGGAGUACUUUAGAGAACAGUUUAGGGGAAGAGCAGGGGGCAUGGCUAGUUUUCCGAGCUGUUUAUUCAGAUGGGAUAACGUUACAAGUAUGCCUGCACUUCCUCGGCCUCCGGCUCAAGAAAAGCGGCCGAGCUAUAUACCAGAAAAGAAAGGAAGAAGCAUGCAUAGGAGGGGAAUUAUCACGAUAAUUGUGGUUCUCACUUUCAUUAAUCUUUUGGUAUUUAUUGGUUUCUACAAAGUAAAAGCUCGGAGGAGAAAAUUAAAGAAGGGAAUAAAUGAAUACUCUAAUUCAGAUGGUCAAUUUAUGUUACGGUUCAAUCUUGAUAUGAUCUCAAUGGCAACGGCUGAUUUUUCGCCUGAAAAUAAGCUUGGCCAAGGUGGUUUUGGUACGGUCUAUAAGGGUAUAUUACUAAACGGGAAAGAGAUAGCGGUGAAGAGAUUAACCAGAGGUUCAGAAGGAGGUAUAGAGUUUAGGAAUGAGGUUUCAAUCUUGACAAGAGUCCAGCAUAAGAAUCUAGUUAAGCUUCUUGGUUUCUGUAAUGAAGGAGAUGAAAAGAUUCUUGUCUAUGAGUUUGUCCCCAACUCAAGUCUUGACCGCUUUAUCUUCGAUGAAGAGAAGCGCUCGCUUCUUACAUGGGAAGUGAGGUUAAAAAUUAUAGAAGGAAUUGCUAGAGGUCUUGUUUAUCUCCAUGAAGAUUCUCAGCUGAAGAUUAUUCACCGAGACCUGAAGGCAGGCAACAUCCUUUUAGAUGCAAAGAUGAACCCUAAAGUUGCAGAUUUUGGAACAGCUAGGCUGUUUGAUACUGAUGAGACUCGAGAUGAAACUAAACGAAUAGCUGGAACUCGUGGAUAUAUGGCUCCUGAAUACCUGAAUUAUGGUCAAAUCUCAGCUAAAUCUGAUGUGUAUAGCUUCGGUGUUGUGCUUCUAGAGAUGAUAAGUGGUCAAAGAAAUAAUAGUUUUGAAGGAGAAGGAAUUGCAGCCUUUGCACGGAAGAGAUUGGCUGAAGGAAGGCCUGAGGUUAUAAUUGAUCCUUUAUUGAUAGAGAAUCCGAGUAACGAGAUCAUAAAGUUGAUCCACAUUGGUCUGUUGUGUGCUCAACAGAAUGCAACACAAAGACCAACCAUGAGCACUGUAAUAGUUUGGCUUGGUAGUCAUUCCCAAUCUGAAGAUGAUACAAUGUCAAUGAGCAAUGUCUUCACGGAGUUGAGUUGUCGUUGAGUUAAAAUUGUUAAUCUAGGUGUUGUUUUCAAGGUAGUACCAAAUUUUCUAACUGUACUCAAAUAAGAAAGAAAGUAGCAACAAUUAUGAACAGAUACAACAAUAGUUCUAGAAACCUCUAGAGAAAAUGGAUCGCUAGAAGCUGAAAGGGAAUUUUAGUCGAUCUUUUGCAACUGAGUCUGGUAACAAUGUAAUGGUAGAUCAUGGAGUAUUAACAUGUGGCUCUGUUUUUUCUUUAAUAGUUAUCUUUAAAUUUAAACAAGACCAAUCAAGACUAUAAUAACAUAACUAAAUAAUUCUUUAAGAAAUAAUACAUCAGAUUUUUUUAAAAAAUUAGAAAGUUAAUAAAAACCUUUUAUUUAUACUUUAGUGGUAUGGUCGCGUUGUACACAUGACUAGGAUAAGAUCUGCGGUUUACGCAGGGUGAAAUAUUUAUUAAGAAUCUUAUAUUUUCAUAUUAUAAAAUCUGAUGAUUUUUCGAUACAUAUGUUCUUGUGGUGAAAAUAUAUUUGGUAUUUAUUUUUUACUCAAUAUAAAAUAAUUAACUAACUAUAAAUAUUUGGUACACAUAAAAAAGUAUAGAAGUCCAAAUCGAACAAUUAAAAUGUGAUAUCAUUGAUACCUCUAUAAUCAUAAAUUAAGAGUUGUGAAAAAAAAAUUGAUGGUAUUUCUAAAGGAAAAUUCAACCGUAUAUAUAUAUAGUAGACAUAUGUAGAUUUUCGGAUUGUUUGGAAAGUUAAAAUAGUUAGCAUUAAUUAUCUAGAAACUGUAUUUUAGCCAGAUACAUUGAACCAAUAUUUAUGUAAAUUUUCAAUAACUACCACAAACAUAUUUGAAAAGUUGUUUUCAAUGGUUGAAAUUAUAGACUUGAUGAAAAAUAUAUUAUAAUCUUAAAUUAAACUUACCGUAUAUAACUUCUUUAAAAAUUUGUACCAAGCUUAAAAAUUUGGUGGAACAUUAACUUGGUGGAAAAGUUUCUUAUUUAUUUAAACAACUUGGUAUAAAAAUAAUUCCCUAAUUUAAACUUACCAAAAGAGCUUGAUUCAAAAAUUGUGGCUCACACAAUUUGGUUCAAUUUUUAGAAUUUUUAUUGUCUUCUAACUAUAAUAAUACCGGCACUUUAUGAUUGAUCCUUCUUCGGGUCAGUUGAAAUUAAAAAGAACAUUUAAGCGACCUCAAUUAUGAUAAUCCGAAAUAUGUAGUUGUUUUCUAAAUUAACAUAUUGUAUUGAAAAAUUUAAGAUUUAUGUAUGAUCGAAUUGUUUUUAUAUGUAUAUAAUUUUUGAUUAUUUAUAUACUCAUCUAUAUGUCGGGCCGAUACAUUUGGAUAUUUUAUUUUACUAACUUAUCAGUAAAUAAAAUUUAUAUAUUUUCGAUUUUGAAAUUACACUAAUUUCCAGAAUAUCAGAUUUUUAUUUUCUUUUUGACAACAUAAGAUGGAAAAUUAAUAUAUUAAAAACAAUUACAAAUUAUAUUAAACUUAUAAUUUGAAGUAUAGUUUGGUUAUGGACCACAUUAAGACAACAUAAAAUUUUGCAGCCCGACUAUUAUUAUACUUAAGGCCUAAAUAUAGAAAGAUGAUAGUGCUAUUUGUUUGCAACCGAUACUUUGUAGUUUGUAUAGGAUGAAAGUUAGGUUAACGUGAUAUAUAUCAUUAACUACUACAAAAUGUCAUUGUUAAUGUUUUCUUAGACUAAGAAAAACAAUUAGGCAGGUGCCAAAGCUUUUCCUUAAUCUUCAAUAUAAAUUCCAUAAUUUAAGUUCUAAAGAAUUGUGUUGCAAGGAAAAAUAUUUGAUAUAUAAGUUCGUUUGGUAAUAAAAAAAACUUAAUUUAUGUAUUACUCUUUAUAUAUAUUUAUGUAGGCGAAGAAGAACUGAGAACCGAAUAAUAUUGUCUUUUUUUUCUUAUUAACAAAACAUUUAUGAAUAGCUGCGUUUCUCAGCUUUUUUUAUUUUUUAUCAAAGCUUCUCAUUUCUAUUAAUAAAAAAACAACACUUACAAAAAUCAUUACUUUCCCAUUUAUAGCAAAAGCAUGCAAUACUUAUGCCAUAAUAUAUAGCACACUUUGAUUGAAAUUGUUGUCCAAGUAAUACGGACUAAGAGUAUAUAUAUUACACUUAAAAAAAGUUAUUAUGUGGGUUCACAGUAUAAAUCAACAUUCAUCCAUUUAAAGAAAGUUUCAUUUAAUGAAAUCGCCAAGUAUUAAUUUAAUGAGAUCGCCGAGUAUUAUGUUUAUCAAAUCAUAUACAUUUAUGUUUGAAUUAAUAUAAAUUUUUCCAGUAAUUAGAUUUUGGACUUACAAAAUUUUCAAUUGAUUUUUAUGCUGUCACAUAAGCGAAAUUGACAUCCUAAUUAAGUGACACCUAAACAAGACUUUUUCAAAAUUAAUAUAAAAUUAAGGAUACAAUUUUUUAAUGUUUUUCCUAUUAAUAUAUAGGCGUUUAUUUACCAUAAUUAAACUGAACAUUUGUUAGUAGGUAUGUAAGUUUAUUGUGAAGAUCGACUGUUGUAGUUGGUAUUUGUGUCGGCAUUUUUGACUUUUAAAGUUAGAUAUGAUUGGCUCAAGGAGGGGCUAGAGAUUAUCUUAUGGGGAGGGUGAUGUGUUUAAAGUUGACAUAUAGUGUUUUAAUAACGUCGAGUGGUAUUAAUUAUGCAUAUUAGAACAUGAUAUUUUGUUUGACAAACUAGACUUAUACAAAUAUAGUUAUGGUACUACAUUCUUAAUUUAUCUAUAGGUAGAUAAUAUAACAGGCUGGCUUAGAUACAUAAUUUGGAGAUAAAAAGUCAUGGGCUGCGCUUCAUAUGAAAUAGACAAGUUUCAUUUGCUUCAAUUAAUAGCAAAAGUCGCAUCUGUUUUUUUAUGUUGUUUGGGUGGCACGUUGUUGUUGCUUUUGUAGCAUGUAGAGUUGAAACGUAAGACGGUAAUGUUUUUACACGUACUACAUAUAAUGCCUUUUUACACAUUUCCAAAACUGAUCUUUUACAUUUUGGUCAUGCUUUCGCCCAAUUGUAUAAAUGUACACUAAAUUUUUUCUUGCACCAUGUGCAAAAAUAAUAAUUAUAAAUAUAAUAUUAUUAAAAAAUAUUUUAUACUUUGACAUUGCUAUACCAAUUUGAAAGAAAAAAAACCAUAAACAUAUUUUUGUAGUAUUGUUUCUUUUUAUUUGGUUUAACUCUUUUAUUUUUAUUUAUUCCUUAGUUUUGAAAUAGGUAUUUAUUCAAAUAUAAUUUAAUGAAUUUUGGGUUUUUAUUUAUUUUAGUUAAAAUAAGUUAAACCAAUUAAAAUUAAAUAUGUUAAUUAACUUAUUGAACCAAUAAAUUUAAAUAAAAGUUAUUCAUUUAACUAUCAAAAGAAUAUUUGAUUAGUAUUGCUUUAGUUUUGUAUUUCUAUGUACAUAUAUAUAUAUAUAUAAUAUUGUUGGAUUAGAUCACCCUCACGUUACAGCUGUAUGAUUGCAGUGGAUAUAUGGCUCCUGAGUACAUUAAGAACGGAAGACUUUCAGCCAAAACAGAC